CCCGGUUGAAAGCCUCUGAGCUACUGUACCUUGUGGUGAUCUCCAGCUUCUCCCACCCCCCCAGCCUUUCCAGCACUCUUCACCCAGGAAUGCUGUAGAAGAAAGUCUGUCUCAGACUUGCCUCACCUCAAAACAGAGCUGCUGGACUGUGCUGCCCGGAUCAAGAGACAAAGGAAAGCAAAGAGAGAGAGUGCGCUCAGAAUAAGAGACAAGCUUUAGUGGAUGGCAGUGAAAUAGAGAGCAGGAUAGUUUACAGCAAGCAAACAAAAAAAGAGGAGGCAGGGAGAGCUGAGCAGGCAGGAAAAGGUGGCAAGUUGGAGAAGAGGAGGAAGAAGAAGCAGGAGAAGUGAAGUCAAAAACAAUAAACGAGGGGAGGUACAGUAACAACGCCUCACAGCACUUUCUCUCCUUGUUGCCUCUCUAUUUACUCUUUUUUUCUUUCCUCUUUGGUGAAGAAGCAGAAGAAGAGUUUUUUGAAAGGUUCAGGGGAGGAGAAGCAGCGUGAGAGCCCCAGUGGCGACUCUAAGAGACAAAGUCGCGCUUCGCAAGAGUCAGCGGGAGAGGAAGACCAACUGUCUUCAGUGGCAAAGGGACACAUAAAAGAGACUGCGCUACAAAACCACAAACAAAGGGGCAACUAGCUGUCGGUCAGAUAACACUGAGCAGAGCAGCGUUGGCACAAAAAAAAAAAAAAAAAAAGUGACUGAAGAAGAUCAGUGCAGAACAGGACAGAUAUACUGAAAACACACCAACAAAGACAAACAGACAGAGGAAAAAGAGGAAGAGCGCAGGCCUCUCCGGUGUCUUUUCAUAUCUCCGUCUUCCACCCUCUGGUCUCCCAUCCCUUCUCAGCCGAGAUGAUGAUGUAUUUUUGGGGUAACCAAGAGGCCCCAGCUCCCCCUGAAGCCAUGGCCCAACCCUUCCCACAGGCCCAGUACCCCCCUCCCCCACAGAAUGGGAUCCCAGCUGAGUAUGCCACGCCCCACACCCAUCCACCGGCAGAAUACACAGGACCAAGCACGGUGGCCGAGCACACCCUGACACUCUACACGCCUACACACACACAGAGCGAACAGCCGGGAAAUGACAGCAAUACCCCCACUCUCACAGCCAACACAGUAACCCAGGCAGAAGAAGUUGCACAGACGGAGGGCUCCCAGCAGCUCCACCUGCAGUCCAGCGACUCGUUGGAAAAGCAGCAGCCCAAGAGGUUACAUGUCUCCAACAUCCCUUUCCGUUUCCGAGACCCUGACCUCCGGCAAAUGUUUGGGCAAUUUGGCAAGAUUUUAGACGUGGAGAUUAUUUUUAAUGAGCGAGGCUCUAAGGGCUUUGGGUUUGUAACAUUUGAAACGAGUGCAGAUGCUGACCGUGCACGGGAGAAACUAAAUGGUACAAUCGUAGAGGGACGCAAAAUAGAGGUCAACAAUGCCACAGCCAGAGUAAUGACAAACAAAAAGGUGGCAAACCCUUAUACAAAUGGCUGGAAGCUGAAUCCAGUGGUUGGAGCAGUAUAUGGCCCUGAAUUUUAUGCAGUGACAGGGUUUCCAUACCCCAGUACAGGAGCAGCUGUGGCCUAUAGAGGGGGCCAUUUGAGAGGGAGGGGACGCGCUGUCUACAACACGUUCCGUGCUGCACCUCCUCCUCCACCCAUCCCUGCCUAUGGAGCUGUGGUCUACCAGGAUGGCUUUUAUGGAGCAGAAAUAUAUGGAGGGUAUGCAGCUUACAGAUAUGCCCAGCCAGCUGGUACUGCUGCAGCUGCUUACAGUGACAGUUAUGGCAGAGUCUAUGCAACAGCAGACCCAUAUCACCAUACGAUUGGUCCUGCAGCCACAUACAGUGUGGGCACUAUGGCUAGCCUUUACAGAGGAGGGUGCAGUCGCUUCACUCCCUACUAGAAAAGAGAGAGACACGCCCCUUUUCCUUCCCCGCAAAACAGACCAAAAAAAUCAGCAACAAAUGACUAAAUAACCUUCUUCACCCUCUUCAUGGAACACUAAAAACAAAAUGCUUCCAGGUGGCAAAGUGACCCUGAAAUGCAAGAAUCACUCUUAAGUUGCUCUACCAUUUACCGAGUGUACACAUUGUCAUGUAUUAAAGUAAUGUGUUUAUUUUUGUUACUCUGUGUUGACUUAAAUGUAUUUGCAUUGUUAUGUCUGUAGUGGAAAAAAAUACAAGUAUAGUCAAAAUUGACAAAGUGGGGAAAGAGUUGAAAUAAGAUAUUUUUAGUCUACCUCUUUUUCUCUCUAAAUUGUUUGUCUGCAACUCAGAUCCUUGGGGGUGGCGCCAGUUUUAUUACCUUCUAAUUUCCCUACCUGUAUUGUUUCAAUUAGUAAUUUCCCACAUAUAGUACAUUAAAAGCACUGAUGUUCAGCAAUUCCAGUUUAAGCAACACAUUUCAGAUUGGAUUUAUUAGGUAAAUGAUACAACCAGUUCACCCCCUUAGAGAACUGGCUCCAUUCAAAGUGAAACAAUAACUGGAGCUGAGUUUCAGACUGAUUUAAUGGGACUCAGAGCUGCCCAAAGGAGGUUAAAGGAGAAUUCCAGGUGCCAGUUGUCCAACAUGUAGCUCUGUUGUUUGUAAAUUUUGAGUGCUGUCAGUAGAGAAGAAAAUGAAAACAAUCAGUGCAGCCUACACCAUGUUAUCCCCCUGCUAGCAAUAGCACCCAACAGGCUGAAACAGGGCAAGUUUUAAAUGAGUUUUUAGCCUCUUAACAUGUUCAAAAUGUCAUUAAAACUACCUAUACAUGUGAAGUGAUUCAUUCAGAGUGAAUACAGCGAAUCUAAAUGCUGUAGAUUAAAAGAAAGGCAUACAAGUUCUGCUAAUUCAGCUGUGUUUAAUUCCAGUGUCAAGACAGCAAUUAGAGUGCUUAGGGACUGUCUACAAACUACAACACUGAAAGGAGAUAAAACUAAAAUGUGUAGGCUAUCAAUUUAAUGAAUAAAAAAGGUAGUGUCUCCAAACGUACCUCAAUUAUAACUUGUCUCCUGCUAGUUGCAGUUACUUGAAAAAAAAUAAGCAUAUGCUUAUUUUUGAAAAUAAGUUUGUAUCUCUUUUUGGUGUUGUGGCUUGUAGACGGUCCCAAAGCACUCCUUGCAUUAUCAACACCAUACCUAAACAGGGCUGAAUUGGCACAACUUUCAUGCAUUUUGUUCACUCGACCAGAAUACUCAG